AUGGUCCCCGAGGAGAGGCCGGGAGGCCCGGGCGCUGGCGAGGAGAGCGCCCGCAAGGUGGGAGACUGUGACCUCCUGGCAAAUUCGCAGCACGGCCGGCUGCAGAGCCGCAGGGCCCGGAUCCACCAGCAGAUCAACAAGGAGCUGAGGAUGCGGACAGGCGCCGAGAACCUGUACAGAGCCACCAGCAACGCCCGGGUCAGGGAGACCGUGGCCCUGGAGCUGAGCUACGUCAACGCCAACCUGCAGCUGCUGAAGGAGGAGCUGGAGGGGCUCGACGGCCACGUGGACGCCGACCAGCCCGAGAGCGGAGGUAUCACCGUCCCCAUGAUUCCCCUGGGGCUGAAGGAGACCAAGCAGCUGGACUGGGCCACAGCCCUGAGGGAGCUGAUCUCGGGGCACUUUGGAGAGGACAGCAUGUCCUAUGAGGCGGAAAUCCGGGAGCUGGAGGACCUGCGGCAGGCCACACGGACCCCCAGCCGGAGCGAGGCGGGCCUGGAGCUGCUCACGGCCUACUACAACCAGCUCUGCUUCCUGGAGGCACGCUUUGUCACCCCUGCCAGGAGCCUUGGGCUCCUCUUCCACUGGUAUGACUCGCUGACGGGGGUCCCGGCCCAGCAGCGGGCCCUGGCCUUCGAGAAGGGCAGUGUGCUCUUCAAUGUCGGCGCCCUGCACACCCAGAUCGCAGCUCGCCAGGACCGCUCCUGCCCUGAGGGCGCCAGCCGUGCUGUGGAGGCCUUUCGGAGGGCUGCUGGGGCCUUCAGCCUCCUGAGGGAGAACUUCUCCCACGCGCCCAGCCCGGACAUGAGCCCGGCCUCGCUCUCCAUGCUGCAGCAGCUCAUGACUGCCCAGGCCCAGGAGUGCAUCUUCGAGGGCCUCUCACUGCAGGCCCCCGUGGCCCCCCACGACUGCCUGGCCCAGCUGCACCUGGCUCAGGAGGCCGCCCAGGUGGCGGCCGAGUACCGGCGGGCGCACCAGACCAUGGCCCAGCCGCCCGCGCGGGACUGCGUGCCCUUCCCCUGGACCAAGCUGGCGCACGUGAAGGCCGAGCACUUCCGCGCCCUGGCGCACUACCACGCGGCCCUGGCCCUGUGUGACGGCGCCCCGGCGGCCGAGGCGGCGCUCCCAGCCCUCGAGCAGGCCUGCCUCGGGCUCCCGGCCUCGUCUGCGCCCCGGGGCCCCGCCCUGCCCCUGGAGCGCGAGGCGCGCAGGAAGCUGGGCAAGGCCCACCUGAAGCGGGCCAUCCUGGGGCAGGAGGAGGCGCUGAGGCUGCACGCCGUGUGCCGGGCCCUGCGCAGGGUGGACCCGCUGCAGGCCGUGCUGGUCCAGGCGCUGCGCCGCUCUCUGGCCAAGUACGCGGAGCUCGACCUUGAGGACGACUUCUGCGAGGCCACCGAGGCGCCCGACAUCCAGCCUAAGACGCAGCAGAGGCCGGAGGGCAGGGCGCCCAGCUUCUCGCGGGUGAAGGUGGCUGAUAUCUUCCACCGGCUGGGGCCCCCGUCCGUGUUCUCAGCCAAGAACCGCUGGCGGCUUUCAGGGCCCGUCCACGUGGCCCGAGGAGAGGGGGGCUUCGGCUUCACGCUGCGGGGAGACGCGCCCGUCCGCAUCGCUGCUGUCGUUCCAGGGGGCCGGGCUGCGGUGGCGGGCCUGAGGGAGGGCGACUACAUCGUGUCCGUGAGCGGGCAGCCGUGCAGGUGGUGGAAGCAUGCCGAGGUGGUGGCCCAGCUGAAGGGCGCGGGCGACGAGGGCGUGAGCCUGCAGGUGGUGACGCUGCUGUCCAGCGCCCCGCCGCCUGGGCCGGGGGACCGCCGGCCAGCCCUGGGGAUGCUUCUGAGGAGCCAGAAGGAGUGUGGCUGGGAGACACCAGUGCCCGCCAGCCCCAGGCCCCUCCUCGGCUGGAACCUCAAGGCCAAGAGGGGCAAGACUGAAAGGAGGCAGAGCCCAGCCCCACACCCCUGAGUGCUCGCUGCCCUCACCCUCUGGGUUGUCCAGGGUGGCAGCGAGGGGCGACGCCCCCCCGCCCGGGCCCCGGCACGGGCUCCGGCUGGCUGGGGGUGAGCCCCCCACACGCGCCCUUCCCGGCCCUAGAGGCCCUUCAGGCCCGUUUGCUGCCUCACCCAGUGCCCGGAGCUGCCCAUUAAAGACAGGGUCACAUGA